AUGUCAGGCAAACGUCUGCUUGACGCUAUCCAGUUCCUGAACGUCGCCAAGUCGGUCGCGACGAAGCACCUUGCAGUGCGGCAGCGGCAGCUUGAUGUGUUUACUAGGACGUCAUCUCUCACGAAGGGGAUCAAGAGCCAGACAGAUGGCUUGAUCCUCACAGCAAAAGCCGCUGCGGCGCUUGCUAAGCGCUUUAACGAUACUCCCCCGCCCCAAUCGCCCGCGACUUCCGCCUCCCCUUCCGAGUCCACCUCUGCAGCGCAGAAAGGCCAUACCCAAUCAAGUAUACCCUCAUCAGUUACGGGUGCAAGUGAGGAUACUGGAAAGAGCAAUUUGGAUGUCAGUCUGCAACAGGAGGAAUUCUAUCGGCCUUCACAGGAGCCGGCUGCCGAGCCGGUGGGCACUCCUCAGGUGAAGGUACCGCAAGAGACAAGUGAUACGCAGGUUGGGCUAGACAAGGAUAUCAAUGCGGACGUCUAUCAGUCAUCUACGGGCCCUUCAAAUGAUAAAGAUGAUAGUGAAUAUAAUAGGGCAAAUCGACUGAAUGUGAGUGCGCAGCAAGAGGAGUCGUACCGGCCUGCGCCGGACCCUGCUGCAGGGCGUGCCAGGGCACCCGGGGCUCAGUUACCGCAAGCUACAAGCUCGAAGCAGGUCGGAAUGAAUCAGAAUAUUAAUGCGGAUGUUUACCAAUCACCCGUGGAUAUCGGGGCCCAGUCGCAAGAGCAGGAUCUUCCGGAUGAAUUGAUGAAGGACCUAUUCCGCAGCCCGAAAGUCGUCAGGUCGAUCUCUCGGAAAGCCGCGGCGGAUUGGAGGUUUGGUUCUCGGGACGCAAGAGAGAAUACCGCCAGUCGUCAUGAAAAACAAGUCCCUACCAGCGUUGAGUCUUCUGCACAGGUAGAAGCGGAAGUCAUUGCAGAGCUCAAGAAAGAAGAAGACACUUAUAAAAUGGUCGAAUCACGAGUUCCAUCUUCUCGCCUAGGGCGCCUCUGGCAGUAUGGCGGUCUAGCGACUUCAAUGGCCUUUGGUGCCGUUGGUGAAAGCUUUCGCAGGGUUACGGGGAGCGCCGACGAUGCUGCUGGGUCACUCAUGUUUAGUGCUGGUAACAUGGAGCGUCUUGUGGCUAAGCUCUCCAAAAUGCGUGGUGCUGCUCUGAAGCUGGGUCAAAUGAUCAGCUUCCAGGACUCGAAGAUGCUUCCAGACUCGAUUCAACAGGUUCUUCAAAGAGUUCAAGAUCGCGCAGAUUACAUGCCCGCGUAUCAACGGGACAAGGUCCUAACAGACAACCUGGGGCCAAACUGGCGUGACCUCUUCUCAUCCUUCGAAGAGGUCCCAAUGGCAGCCGCCUCUAUCGGUCAAGUCCACGGUGCUGUUCUCAAAAGCACAGGACAGCCAGUUGCCGUAAAGAUCCAAUACCCCGGCGUCGCAGACUCCAUCGACUCGGACCUCAACAACCUCUCCAUCCUCCUCACAGCGUCGCGCAUCCUCCCCCGCGGCCUCUACCUCGACAAAACCAUCGCCAACGCCCGAACAGAGCUGACCUGGGAAUGCGACUACGCCCGAGAAGCCGAAUGCGGCAACCAUUUCCGCGAGCUCCUCAAGGAUGACCCUGUCUUCCACGUCCCACAAAUCAUCCCCGAAGCCUCCGGCAAAAACGUCCUCACUAUGGAGCGCCUCAACGGCAUCGCCGUGACCAAGAUCCAAACCUUCACCCAAGCCCAGCGCGACUGGAUCGGAACCCAGAUCCUGCGCCUCUGCCUCCGCGAAAUCACAGAGUUCAAGUACAUGCAGACAGAUCCCAACUGGACCAACUUCCUCUACAACGCUUCGACCAACCGCCUUGAACUCCUUGACUUUGGCGCCUCACGCGCUUACCCGGACGCCUUCAUUGAUAAAUACAUCCAGACUCUCCGCGCCGCGUCCCGCGGAGACAGGGAGACAUGCCACACCCUCUCCAUCGAGCUAGGCUACCUAACAGGCCAUGAAUCCCGCGCUAUGAUCGACGCCCAUGUUUCCUCCAUUCUCACCCUCGCCGAACCAUUCAUGGACUCCUCGCCCGACGUCUAUGACUUCCGCGACCAGACCAUCACAGAGCGCGUCCGCGAUCUGAUCCCUGUUAUGAUUCGCGAGAGACUGGCGCCGCCGCCGGAGGAGACGUAUAGUUUGCAUCGCAAGCUGAGUGGUGCGUUCUUGCUCUGUGCGCGGUUGGGCAGCCAGGUGCGUUGCAAGGAGUUGUUCAGCGAUGCGAUGGAGAAGGUUAAUGCCCAGCGAUAG